GGAGGAGAGCAGACCAUAGCUGGAGCGCGAGCACAACGCCAACUGUUGUAGGCAAUUUCUGCUCACAAAUUCAUCCGUUUUUGAAAAUGGAGCACAACAACACGAAACGCACCAUCAACUUCGGAGCCGGACCUGCAAAACUGCCACAAUCUGUGCUGCUUCAAGCUCAGGCAGAGUUGCUCAGCUACAGCGGACUUGGCAUCAGUGUCCUUGAGAUGAGCCACAGAUCGUCAGACUUCAAUAAGAUCCUGAAUAAAACAGAGAGUCUGGUCCGAGAGCUGCUAAAUGUCCCAGACAACUACAAGAUCAUGUUCCUGCAGGGGGGUGGGUCCGGGCAGUUCAGUGGGGUCCCCCUUAACCUCAUCGGCCUGAGGGAGGACAGGAGUGCGGAUUACAUUGUGACCGGCACGUGGUCCGCGAAGGCUGCGAAGGAAGCUGAGAAAUAUGGCAAAGUCAAUGUCAUCCACCCGAAACUGGAUGCUUACACAAAGAUCCCGGACCCCAGCAGCUGGACUCUGAACCCCUCAGCCUCAUACGUCUACUACUGCUGCAACGAGACUGUCCACGGCGUCGAGUUCAACUUCACCCCCGAAACAAAUGGAGUUGUACUGGUCAGCGACAUGUCUUCCAACUUCCUGUCCAGGCCGGUGGAUGUGUCGAAGUUUGGUCUGAUCUAUGCUGGCGCUCAGAAGAACGUGGGCUGUGCCGGAGUGACGGUGGUGAUUGUUCGCCAGGAUUUGUUAGGUCACGCCCUCAAAGAGUGUCCCAUCGUCAUGGACUACAAAGUUCAGGCGGAGAUGAACUCUUUGUACAACACGCCGCCCUGUUUUAGCAUCUACAUCAUGGGUUUGGUUCUUGAGUGGAUCAAGAACAAUGGCGGGAGCGCAGCCAUGGAAACACUCAACAAGCAGAAGUCCUCCAUGAUCUACGACAUCAUCAACACUUCUGAAGACUUCUAUGUGUGUCCAGUGGAGGCUGGGUGUCGCAGCAGAAUGAACGUGCCAUUUCGGGUGGGCAAGAAAGAAGGAGACGAAGCUCUGGAGAAGGAGUUUCUGGAUGGAGCCUCCAAGCUGGGAAUGAUUUCACUGAAAGGACACAGAUCAGUCGGUGGAAUCCGUGCGUCUCUCUACAAUGCUGUUACGAUUGAGGACACUGAAGCUCUGGCUGCGUUCAUGAAGGAAUUCCAGAAGAACCACCAGUGAGCAGCUGCAUCCUGGGCCACCUUCCAUCUCAGAUUUUGGAUAUGUUGGAUCUGGACGCUUGAACCCCUAUAUGGUCUCUAAUACCAAUUCUGUGUCCUGUCCUCUCAAAGUUUUCAUGAUUUGGUACUGUAAAUAUGAAAUAUUUCUUGUUUACAUUCCUGUAAAUCUCUGGAGAAUUUAUUGACAUUCUGUUUUUAAACCUGAGAUUUUCAUGGAAACAACACAACAGGUCUAAGUAUUCAGGCUUUGUUGUCGGCUCAAUGGUAAUGCUGAAGGUCUCGUCACCUCACAUGACUUCACUUCCUGCUGUGAGUAGGAAGUCAACACCAGCGGGGUGUCGGGACGACUUCACGGUGAGCGAGUCCGUCCUCCAUCUGGAAGUUUGGAAGCUGCCAUCCUGGUGCCGCUCCCCUGCUGAGGGACAGUUAUUAGCUUCACCUUCAAGUUGGGGUUUGAAUUCAAGGCAGUUCAGGCCAUGUUUGACACCUAUAUUUGAAGCCGCUGAAGUGAAAUAAAAUGACCCAACUACACUUGUGA